CCAAAUAUCCUAAUAACUAAUUGAUUCACUUACUUGGGGAACAAAUUUAGAUACAUUCAUGGGAGUUCCAAUGGCACACACAAAUCCAUGACACCGCUCAACUAUCACUAUCUUCAUUUUCCGACUGUAAAGGAAUUGGACCGGGUGUGCAUGAAUCACCUAAUUAGUUUUAGAUUCUAAUUAAAGUGGGAAGCCCACACGCCUGAAACAUCACGACCUGCAUUACUUCGUUACUUCGUUACUCGUCUGCUGAAAAAACGUCAAAUGCGCACGAGUGAAAUGAAGGACGCCUAAGAGCAUGUUGACCAUUAUUAGCUUCCGUUCUUCUCAUUGUCCACCCAAAAAUGACAUAGAAAAUAACAAAUGAAAACAAAAUUUUCAAGAAGCAGAUACCACGCACGAGAAAGGUCACUCUUCCAAAGCCAUCGCUUUGACCAUCUAGAUACAUUGGAUAAUACUGCAACUGGGUCUCGAACUGUCAAUCCAAGGUUCUUUCGCACGUGCAAUCACACCCCGCACGAGCUUAUUCCCCUCGCGUAUGUAUAUAACCGAUCGAUAUCCUCGAUCUCUUGAGAUGGUAGCAUACGUGGAAGUUCAUGGAGGAGGCGCCCCAGCGGAAAGGCAUGGAAGGGAAAAAGGAGGGAGGAGGAGGAGAAGGGGUUCGAUACCGCGGCGUUCGGCGGCGGCCGUGGGGGAAGUUCGCGGCCGAAAUACGCGACUCGGCGCGGCACGGGGCGCGGGUGUGGCUGGGGACUUUUGACACGGCGGAGGAGGCUGCCCGUGCCUACGACCGAGCAGCGUAUAACAUGAGGGGUUCCCUGGCGGUUCUUAACUUUCCCCACGAACACUUCACUUCGCCGCCGAAUGCUGCCGCUUCUUCGUCUUCGCCUUCGUCUGAAAGGAAGAGAACAGAGGAUGAGGGGAGAAGUGGAAAGCAGCUUUUCGAAUUCGAGUGCUUGGAUGAUAAGUUGUUGGAGCAGCUUCUGGAAUCGGAAGAUGGAAAGACCAAGGAAUAAUUAAUAGAGUUUGCUUCUUCAUCAUCUGUACUAAAACCACUUACAUAUUCCCAAUUCGCCGCCCUGUCUUUAUAUGCCUCGGCUGGUACCGGCUAUAAGCUUUGCCGUCGGCAAUUUGUUUGUGUUUUUUUUUUUUUGGGUUUUUUUGUUUUUCAAUAGCGAGCCCGCGGCACGAAGUUUCUUCCCUUUUAUUUUUUUUUUAAAUCAAACUAAUUUUAUCUGGUCUCUUUGUCUCGACAAA